AUGGUGUGCAUUCCUUGUAUUGUCAUUCCAGUUCUGCUGUGGAUCUACAAAACAUUCCUGGAGCCAUACAUAUACCAUCUGAUUUCUGCUUUUGUUAGUCAUAUAUGGCCCAGAAAAGCUACACAAGAAUCCAAUAAUACAAAUAAAGACAAAGUGGACUACAAGGGUACAGACACUAAUGGAUUAUCACCAACAGAAAUCUUAGAUGAAAAGAAAGACUAA